AUGUCACUGUUUGACGCGGCGACCACGGUGACCUCGUUUAUUGAGACGUUUUCAGGAAUUUCACGCUACUCAGUCACCCCAGAACAAAAGCAUUCAAUUUCGAGUCUCGAUGACGAUGACGACGAUGAUGAUGCGGCGACGUCGAACAAGACUCUAAGAUUGGGAUGCUGGGCAGCAAGGUGCUGUAUUCCAUAUGCAGCCAGGACGUCGUUCUUCGGUCGCACGUACAAUAAUUUGUCAUCGAUUUCGGAAUGCAAAAACAACGGCGAGUGUGUCAUCAACAAGAAGAAUCGCACCGCCUGCAAGGCGUGUCGGCUGCGUAAAUGCCUGGUCGUCGGGAUGUCCAAGAGCGGUUCCCGAUAUGGACGGCGUUCGAAUUGGUUCAAGAUUCAUUGUCUACUGCAGGAGCAGCAAGCCCACAAAAAUAACAACAACAAUAAUAGCUUGACCAGUAAUAACAAUGACACCGGCAGCAGUAACCAUAAUAGCACCAGCAACAAUGGAAGCAGCAAUAACAUGUCGCCCAGUUUGCUCCCGAACGGAUUUCUUCCGGCUAACUUUCUCAGCAACUUGUGCAACAAUAACAAUAAUAACAACAACGUCACAGUGAAAAAGGAACUAAAAAGACCAAGCUCGCCGAGCGAUUCAGGGGCAUCAUCCGCCGACCCGGAGGAAAGUUCCAGCUUCAAGGAUCCCUUCCAUGGAAGCAGCAAUCGAACGACGAUCUCACCAAAGGUGGAACUACCGGAAGUGACCCUAACCAAAAUUAGUCCCAAGGUCAGUCGGACCUCGUCAACUUCUUCGUGCUCAACCAACACCACCACGGACAGCUUUCGACCUCUGAUGGAUCGAAUCUCUCCGUAUCUCCCUCACGGUCCGUAUCGACCAGAGACCACUCCGUACUUCCCGAUGCCUUUCGUCAUGCCACCGGUGUCCCUCGCACUGAUCGCCACAGGAAAGCACGAUCACGAGCAGCACGAACCCAUUGAUCUUUCCAUGAAAUCGAAGUCGUCGAGCUCGUCUGGAUCUCCACUCCGGUUAGGAUCCACCUCUCCGCUCAUAGCGGAUGUCAACGACUCGGAAGACCUGCCAUCUUCAGUGGAAGUUCCACGCCCGGUACCGCUGGAUCUAACCUUCACGCGAUCAAAAACCUUAUCCGGGUGA